GCUGGUCCAGAACCUGCAGCUGGUCCAGAACCUGCUGCUCGUCCAGAACCUGCUGCUGGUCCAGAACCUGCUGGUCCGGAAGCUGCAGCUGGUCCAGAAGCUGCAGCUGGUCCAGAACCCUGCUGGUCCAGAAGCUGCAGCUGGUCCAGAACCCUGCUGGUCCAGAACCUGCAGCUGGUCCAGAACCCUGCUGGUCCGGAACCUGCUGCUGGUCCGGAACCUGCUGCUGGUCCGGAAGCUGCAGCUGGUCCAGAACCUGCUGCUGGUCCAGAACCUGCUGGUCCGGAAGCUGCAGCUGGUCCAGAAGCUGCAGCUGGUCCAGAACCCUGCUGGUCCAGAACCCUGCUGGUCCGGAACCUGCUGCUGGUCCAGAACCCUGCUGGUCCAGAACCUGCAGCUGGUCCAGAACCUGCAUCUGGGUUCUACACCACCUGGUAGUUUAUCAUUCACUGAAAGGAUUUAAGAUCUGCUGCUGGGUCGACCUGCUGGUUCUGAUUCUGAUUCCCAGCUGGUUGGAGCUGAUUUACAAACAUAAUCAAUGAAACAAUUAUCAAUAAUCUGAUCUGCAACAACAAAAUGUUUCUGUUUCUAUGAUUUUGCAUGUUUGUGUUUAUGAUAUAAAUCAUUUUUAACAGACUUACUGCUGAAAGGUGCAAUACAAAUAAAAUUUGAUUGAUUGAUUGAUCGAUCAGUAACUGCAGCUGUUUGGUUCUGCAGGUGGUGGAUUGCUCCUGGGACGAGACGGUAAAGAUCUACUCACCUUCCUGCCUCGCUGCAGCACCAUAACACACACACAUCCUAAUACACACACACACAUCCUAAUACACACACACACACAUCCUAAUACACACACACACACAUCCUAAUACACACACACACACAUCCUAAUACACACACACACAUAUCCCAACAUACACACAGAGACACACACACCGUUGGACGUCUUCGGGGCAGUGGGCGGUUCUUCCGGCUGGAUUUGAGCUCCUAUUGGCUGAUUGGACUCUGAGUUCGAGAUGUGAAAUAUAAUCAUAAAGUAUUUUAUGUAAAUGUUGUUUAGAAUGUAAUAAAUGUUGUAUUUUCCAUCCAGCCGUUUGGUAACUAAACCCUGAAUCCACUUUUCACUGCAGACAAACUGAGUAGUUUUUAUGUUUCUCUGUGAUUGAAGUGACUCAGUGCUGCCCUCAGGGUCGAAUAGUGGUACUGCAGCUGAAUUUUCCUAUUGGUUCCGGGGUUCCAGCCCUGUGAUUGGCUGUAAAACCCCCUCACUCAGACGCGCCCCCUGGUGGCGCGUCAGGAGGUGGAACAAGGAACAUGGUGAGCGUUGAUCAACAGCGUUGCCCGUGUGAUUUAUUAGCAAGAGCGACUGGAGCUGUUUGCUGCUGAACUCACUAGAUUUAUUUUUGAAAAGUUAACAGAUUUGUUGUAAGUCACUUUUACUGCUUCACAGUGAGAUGGUGAGUUAGACUGACUACAUUGAGACAUUAUUAUUAUUAUUUUAUUAUUAUUAUUAUUAUUAUUAUAUUAUUGCCGUCUAUUGAGAAAUAAAAACAUCCUCCAUGUUAUAGAUUUCUUAUUUUAUCUUCCGGUUUUCCUCUGGUCAUCUAAUGAAGAAACUUUUCCACAUUCAGUCGAAAUUAAAAAGUAUUUAGAGUAAAUGUGGGUGAACCCAGAGCGCCGAGGUUCUGAUGGUUCCUGAUGACGCGCCGGAUGUGGGCGGGGCUUCCCGCCUGCCGCCCUGGAAACUGAUUUUCUGAUGAAAUAUUUAAAUUGAAGAUAUUUCCCUGCCUGUUGGGAGCAUCGUUAACAUUUACCCUGAGAGGAACCGGAACCGGACCGGGUCAGAACUUCAGACCUGAAUCCAUUCAAUCUGAAUGGAUUGAAGUUAAAGUUGUUUGUUUCAAAUGAAUGAAUAAAUCCGUUCAGGAACCACAAGGAAAUGAACUAAACGCGAGUUGGAUAUGAAGUGUUUUUGGCAAUUAUUCCUUAUUUUAUUCUAUUUAUCUUGUUUUAUUUCACUUUUUUGUUUUAAUUUCACUCUUUUGGUCUUUUAUUUAACUCCUAUAUGUUAAGCGGUAGUUUUUCUUGGUGUUUAUCAUUAAAAGUGUUUUAUGCGUAUUAAUGUAAUAACAGUUUAGAAGCAGCAGCUCGGACUUGCUGAAGUUUCUCCCCGUGGCUGUGAGUUUGGCCCCCGUGGAGGAGCUCCCCCUCCCCCUUCCCCCCGCUGCGGUAAAAUGUCCUGAGUGGCUGCGGCUCCUCCCGCUCCGCCCCCGCCGCUCUGCCUCCCCUCAGUGCGCAUCCGGAGCGCAGAGAGGAGAAUCCCUCCUGAGGACCAGCUGGAGCCCCCCGCCGGGUCCAGGUGAAGCCAUGGAGGUGUUCCGGAGCCGGAUGCUGGGGAUCUCCGUGGCCGUGGCGCACGGCGUGUUCUCCGGGUCGCUCAACCUCAAGUUCCUCAUCAGUAACUAUCAGUUCGGCUUCCUGACGCUCAUCCAGUUCCUCACCAGCUUCACGGCCAUGCUGGCGCUGGAGAGCCUGCGGCGGCUCGGGAGGAUCCAGGUGCCGCCGUUCGGCACGCAGCUGGCCAAGGAGUUUGCGCCAGUCUGCAUCCUGUCCACGCUGCAGUCCACGCUGACGCUGUGGUCGCUGCGCGGCCUCAGUCUGCCCAUGUACGUGGUGUUCAAGCGCUGCCUGCCGCUCUUCACGCUCUGCAUCGGGGUGUGCGUCCUCCGCAACGCGCUGCCGUCUGCGGGCGUGGUGACCGCCGUGCUCAUCACCACAGGGGGCGCUGUUCUGGCAGGAGCCGGAGACCUCACCGGGGAUCCGUUUGGUUACGUCACCGGGGUUCUGGCUGUCAUCAUUCACGCCUCCUACCUGGUUCUGAUCCAGAAAACCAGUCUGGAGAGCGAGUAUGGACCUCUGACUGCACAGUACGCCAUCACCAUCAUGGCGUCGCCGGUGCUGCUCGUCUGCUCCCUCAUCUCCAUGGACGCCGUCAACAUGUGGACCUACGACGGCUGGCAGGAACCGCAGAUCACCGUCAUCUUCAUCCUGUGCAUCUUCAUCGGCUGCGCCAUGAACUUCACCACGCUGCACUGCACCUACAUCAACUCGGCCGUCACCACCAGCUUCGUCGGCGUGGUCAAGAGCAUCGCCACCAUCACGGUGGGCAUGCUGGCCUUCAAGGACGUGGCGCCCACGCGGCUCUUCAUCGGCGGAGUGGUGGUGAACACCGUCGGCUCCAUCACCUACUGCGUGGUCAAAUACUUUGAGACGCAGAAGAAGAGUUUGUACGAGGACCUGGAGAAGGACGCGGCGCAGCCUGGAGACCCCUACACCGAGAAACCCCCGCCGAUCGAGGAAGGGCCCGCCGCCGGGCCCGAGCCGCGGCCGGGGGAGAGCGGAGACGGGAGAGGGGACGAGGCGCCUCCGGUACCGAACGGAGCGCCGUCGGUGGGGGGGAGCGCCGGAGGAGACGGCGGCCUGAAAUCUGUAGUGAUGACGGAGAAGGAGGCGCUGGAGAUGCAGAGGGAGCACCUCCACCAGGAGAACCUCCACCAGGAGAACCUCCACCAGGAGAACCUCCACCAGGAGAAUCCCGCCGCCGGCCGGACCGCCACCCACAACCUGGCGGGAGCCCUGAGGUCCAUCAGGGCUCUGCAGCUCGCCAAGAAGGAAAACCUGAUCGACAACAUAGAACUUCAGAGUCCAUGAGGGCGGGAUGGAGACCCGAACGGACUCUUGAGACGAACCAGAAAGGAACUCAGCGGACAGGCACCGGACCGGACCGGACCGGAUCGGACCGGACCGGACCGCAGGUCUUUCAUUCGCAUCGGCCGCUUGACAAAUGCUUGAUGGUCUUGUUGGCUUCGUCUCUCCACUGAACAUUUUUCGCGAACCAGAACCGCAGAACCAGGAGGCGGACUGACCGUGUCUCCAUGGUAACGAGUACCAAGCAGUUCCAGUUUGAGCCAGCAGGGGGCGGAGCUUAUUCUCGGCAUGCGGAGGUUCGGCCAGCAUGACCCGUUUCCCGGUCCGGUUAGAACCCGGAUGGACUGAACCCUGCAGGUCCGGUUUACUUUUUAUCUGCUUCCAUUUCAUCAUCAGAUCCAAAAUAAUCCAAAUUAAUGUGUCGUAAUUGUACCGGUUCUGUUCCGUGUCCUUCGGGUCAUCCGGGUCACUGAUCAGAGGCUGUUCACCCCAAAGAGCCAAACGACGUCAUUUAAUGUGAAAUGUUUCAUUUAACUGAGAAGUUAGUUUUAUUAAACUGCUUUUCUUCUUUCUGGUUUGGUUCUGAUGCGUCUCAAAAUGCCAAAUAUGGUUUUUAUUUUAUUUUAUUGCUUUCAGUGUUUUCACAGCUGAGAAGAAAAAAUGUCAGAUUUGAUUUCCACUGUGGCCUUUUUAUUUACUGUUAGCUUUUCAUAAAAGCUCAGGCUCAAUAGAACGUUUGAUUGUUUUGCUGUUUCCUGAGAGAAUGAAGGGAAUCCGCCAUGUUCUGUAGUAUUCUCUGGAUUCACUGAGUUCCUAUUAAAUGGCUGAUAUCAGCUUCUGCCUAAUGAUCUGUUAUUGAGAAUAUUAAC